GAUCAAUCUGUCAAAUUUGACAGUAAACCGAUUGAAAAUCACACGUUUCUGUUUAUGUACGAGCAUUUUUCUGUUUAUUUUGUCCGCACAUCGUACGGGAUAUUUAUAAAAGUAUGAAAACAUAAAUAGAAAAACCCCGAGUCCGAGGAUCAAAACAAAAACCCACAUAAGUAUCCGCGUAAUUUUGAUGGAGAUCCAAGAAAAUGAAACCGAGGUGCCUGCAACGAGUCUAAACAGAUUAGAUUCAGCUUUGAGCGAGUUAGGAAUGUUAGCAGCUUCUACAAACUCGAGACAGGAGUAUUUAACAGAGAUUCGAACAAAGAACUAUCUAAAUAUGCUAACAAUAAACACCAGAUAUGUUAGUAACGUUUCUAUAGGCUUCCAAGUACGACCUAGCACACCCCACGUGAGAUACAAGCCUUAUAACAUCAAUACAAAAGAGAGACAUAGGACUCGUUCAGAGAAUAACGAUGCUGAAACAUCAAGCUUAGCUCAAAAACUAGUAGAAGACUGUAUUACCGACUCGAUAGCGGAGAUAUCUCAAUUGAAGAAAGCCAAGUCUCUGGAGAGUGUGAUAGCGGAAAGUGGGCAGAGUAAAGACUUAUCAAAUAUCAGUUUCGGUGAACUAGAGCAAGUGUCCGAUGGGGUGCAGAAGCUAAAAGUCGUAGAGUAAUACACGGUAUUUUUAUAUUAUACUUUUGUCUGUUUAUAAAUGUGAUGUUCGAAGAGAAGAAAAUAAUUGUACUGCAAUUUUAGGUAUUCUAUUUUAUUGUUGUAAUAUUUAUAUAAAUAAAAACGAUUUGUCUAGGAGUA